AUGGAAUCUCAAGAGAUUUUAGAAUCAACAAUCAAAAAUGAAAAUAAAAGAUUGAACGAAGAUCCAAAUGAUUUAUCUAAAGUUGUUAAGAAGCGUAAGCAGCGUACACCUUCACCACCUUUAUUUGAAAAUCAGCAACUAAAACCACUUCAAACGGUUAGAUUAGACAUUGAUUUGGAUAAAGAUGAUUACUUAUUCAACUUUUUACAUUUGUCUAAAAAUUCUAAUCAACUUUCUCCCGAUAAGCCUUACUCGAACUUGAUCAACUUAUUGGAUCAUGUUAGUGAUGCUGAGGAUGAUGAUGAACCUCAUCCAGAUAAGAAACGCGCUGAAUACGAUAAUUACGACGUUAAUGACCCCUUCGUUGAUGAUAGUCAACUCACCGUUGAUGAACCAAAGAUGAUGGCCAAACCUACAAAUGAGGGCUUUUAUAUUACAAUUGAUCAUGUCGAACUAGAGACUAAAUCUCCUUCUCAACUUAAAGAGAAGAAAAAAGAUUCUGACAAAGACAAGCAAAAGAAACGUUCAAGCUUACACAACUUGUCCAAGUAUUCCUCCUUCUUCCCUAAACCGCAACUACCUGCAACUCCAAUUGCUCCAGAUAUAUCUUUUGAAGGCAUUUCUUUAGAUGUAUCUGAUACACCCAUCAACAAGAGCAGAGAUUCUCCUGCAAUCACUACCCAACAUAAAGACUCUCCAGAGCCAUCAAAGUCUCAAACACGUACAGACGUUAGCUCAAUUAUUGGUCCAAAGAAAGGUGGUUUACUUACAGGUUUCACAAUGGAUCAUCUACCUUCACCUUCCUGGUCAAAAGGUAAAAAAGAAUACCCAAUUGAACCUAUUUCAGAGGAUCUUCAAAGCGCAUUCGAGCAGCUCACCGUACUCAUUAUGAAGGAGAAUUUUGAACAAAAAACAAAAUUUCCUCAAAGUCUCAAAGAUCCACUCAAACGUACAGCAGAAAUAGCUAUCCAGCUAGAACAGUAUGAUGAAAAUCACUUUUUCAAUCGUUUACCUAGACUCUUUCCAUACAACAGAUUCACUAUGAUGAAAUUAACCAAGACUAUGCUAUUCGAUUACCACAAAAAUUUCUAUGAAGAGCGUUACGAGUUAUGUAAGGGUGCAUUUCAAGAAGAAGUUGACAAUGAGCGGGACCAGUACAUUCAUGACCACGAAGAUGCUAUAAAGCAAUAUGAAGCUGAUUGGAAUCAUUUCCAAGAGCGUUACCCAGAAGAUGCUAAAAUAUCUGAAGACAUUAAAUCAGGUGGUCAUUCAUUAAAGCUCUCACAGCAUCAACAAGCACCUGAUCCACCAAAACCACGCUGGAAGUGGACAGAAAAGAUGAACACCGCUUUGAUGGCAAUGACUGAAAUCAAAGAGGAUAUAUACCAUUUAGACCUUGAAAGAUCUGAGUUGGAUAAGAACCAACCUACUCCAACGCGUGAACAAACUUAUCGUAGUAAGGUCUAUGCCGAAUUAGCGGCCAUUUUUCCUGCUGAUUGGAUGCAUACUACAGAUAUCUCUAGAAAAAGAACAACCCUUCUUAGUCGUUCUAAACAUCAAAAGACUUCAAAUACGAACGAUGAAAAUAGCAACGCUAAUGAGAAAGGGAAAGAUAAAAGUAACGAGUCAAAAGUUGCAAAGGAUGAGAAGGAUGAAGAAAAUACAAAGGAUGAACAAGAUGCAAAGGAUACAGAAGAUCUAAAGAAUCCAAGUGAUGCAAAUUCGAAAGAGCAAAAAGAACCAAAUAAGCAAAGUGAAUUCAACAAGCAGAAUGAACCAAAUGAGGCCAAGGAUGUAGAUCAACCAACAAAAGAAACACACGAGCCAGCAAAUGAAACGAAUCAUUCACUUAAAGACACAAAUCAGCCAGCAGAAACUCCUGAAAAGUGA